AUGUUUUUGGAGAUGGCUAUUAACGAGGAGAAUGGCAAGCUCAUGCUUUUUAUGUACAGUCCACUGUACUGUGGCCCUGUCACCAUCUACAGGGGGGUCAGUGAGACAAGCGGACAGCUGCUUCCAUGGAGAUACAGUCCUUUAUACUGUGGACCAGUGGUUCUGUUCUCUGGGGAAGCCAGUGAGGAUGAGCAGCAGCUGUUGCCAUGGAGACCCUUGUACUGUGGGCCUGUGGUCCUGUUCCAGGGCCUUCCAGAGUCUGGUCCACUGGUGCUGGGAGACGACUGUAACCAGUUUACAUUUCAGUUCUCUUUCAGGACCCACUUUGAGCAAUUCUUGGUGAAGACUCAUCAUAUAUGGAUGACCCGAGGCCCAACCACUCAACUGUGGUGGAGUGAUCUGGUUGAGAGGACCAGAGUGGAUCACCAGGGUGCUCCAGUUUACAAAUCUGUCACCAAGUACAUCACAGGAGUUAAGCUGGUAGGAGCUGCUGUAGAGAAAUACAUGUCUUCCAGCUGCAAGCAAAACACCCACUUCACCCAGUUUGAUGGUUUUCUGGAGCAGAGAGUGACAUGGGAACAUUCAGGGGUUUAUGUGGAUCCCUGUGGCCAAGUGUUUCCUUCCAGCCGGACCAACACUCAGAGCUUCUACUCCCAUCUUCCCGGACACACCCACGGCCAUGGUAACAGCCACGACUCCCAGCAUGCCUCUGGACCAGGCCAUGCCAGCGGGUCUGGACACAGACACAACCAUGCCCACGGCCACCAGCACUCCCAGGGAGCCAGCAGUGGCCCCAGGAACACCCCCAGACCAGGCCAUGCCCCUGGCCCCAGACAUCACCACAGCCACAGUCAUGCUGGGCAGGCUAGCAGCCACAACCACGGCCCUCCUUCCCCCCCAGAGCAUCCCUUCCAGCCCCAGCAGGAGCCUGAGGAGGAGGAGAGGGUUCAGAAGGAGGAGUCUGGAUAUGAACACGCUGAGGGGGAGGAGUCACAUCAGGCUCCACCCCCUGGGAACAGAGAUGCUUCCCGCCUCAUGACAUAUCUACAGGAGAAACAGGUCCAGGACUUGACCAAUAAAAUUGUGGCCCUUCGUGAGGGAUUUCACUCACUCCUGACCCAGGACACCACAAAAAACUUCCUGCUAGUUGCAGGAAGGAUGAUUCUUUCAGGGCUGGUCCAGCUCAACCAGGCGGAUGUUAGUUCCAUCAGCACAUCGUUCAACCGCCUGGUGAGCUACAUUGAAGAUCCCGCCCACAGGGCUGGGAUAGAGAGGGAGCUGGCCUCUGUUAAUAUCCAUCACACCAACUUCCUGGAUAUUGUGUAUGAUUUCAUCAUCCUGGGAGUGAUGAAAAACAAUGCUGCCUUGCCUCCACAAAACGUAAGUUGUACUGAGAAAAGAGAAAAGCUUUGA